AUGCCUGGCCCAUCCACACGAAGCCCCAUCGAGUUGAUGCAGCACAUGGUGGCCGGGACGGCCAGUAUGCAUUCCCCUCCCCCACAUAUGAGUCAAGGUGCAAUGAUGAACGGUGGAGGCAUCGCGAUGAUGCCCCCAGGCCAUUUGGGCUCACCGGGAAUCCAGCGGCCCGGAAUGUACCGUACACCACCCGUCAUGAUUCCACCUUCCAUGUCAAUGCAAGUGCUC